UUUGUCACGCUCUACAUUGAAUCUUCCCAUCUAGCUAGGCAGAAGACCGGGAGAAGCCUCGAAGGCCGAUGAUAGCCCCGUUGAGCGGUAUUCUAAAGGCGGCAAAUCAAGGGGUAGUGGGUAACUUGCAGGGUCCUGGGUAGUGGGUAGAUCUCUCGCCGGACAAAAGGAAGAUUUUCGAAGCGAAAUGAAUUGGGUUCAGCGCAAGGUCUAUCUCUACAACGUCACUUUUGGUUUAUACAUGUUAGAUUGGUGGGAGCGUUUUCUCUUCAACACUCUGGUGCUGGUGUUGAUGUGGUUCGUUUGCUACAAUGGGUUUCGAUAUGCCACGGAGUUCUACAAAAGGAAUUUUUGGUGAUUCAACAAAGCCUAGGAAGGUUCAGAUCCUUAUUGAUAAUUGUAGUUUGGGAUUGUACUACAAUAGUUUAAUUAUUUCCAUGCUUGAGCAAUUUCUCAUUUCCCUAGAAUGUGAACUUGAAACUUCACACUAUUUUAUGUAACUUGUGUGUUUUAACUUC